CUGAUUGGAUCCAUCUUCUCCCCCUAAUAAUCUUAAAAACAUCUUAACUCUCCCUGUUCCCCACCACCGUACUUUCAUUUUCUUUAAUUUUCUCUCCCGCUCUCCCCCAACCCAUAUUUGAGACUCCCCCGCAAAUCUCCUAUCUUUUGAUUUCUCUGCGCCUCUCUCUGUUUUCUUUUUAAUUUCAUAUGAUUCUGCUGGAUUUCCCUAAGCCGUCCCCUAUAUAUCCCGGCCUUGCUUUCACAUCAAAACGCGCCGACGCAAAUAUUAUACUAAAUACCAAUUCCCAUCUGCCACAGCUUUUCUCACUUACCCGAAUCUCCUUCGUGAUCUCUCGCUCUCACUUCCUCUGAAUUCCACACGUCGCCUAUAUAUCCAGCUUUUCCGUCUCCUUCCUCAUUCAUCUUCAUUCCUUCCCCGUACGUACUUGGCAUUUUCACGGUCAAUUGACGGGCAUUCUACAUGGAGAUCGCCGAGAAGGAAACCAGCAGUAAGGGUUCGGACUCGGAGGCUUUGAUUCCCGGAUUACCCGAUGAAGUCGCGGAGCUUUGUCUUCUUCACGUUCCUUACCCCUACCAGGCGUUAGCGCGUUCGAUAUCGUCUUCUUGGAACAGAGUCAUCACCCACUCCACUUUCCUCCUCUCCAAGAAAUCCCUCUCUCUCUCCAGGCCUUACCUCUUCGUGCUGGCCUCCCACAAAUCAACGGCCAGGGUGCAGUGGCAGGCCCUCGACCCCGCUUCGGGCCGCUGGUUCGUGCUGCCCCCCAUGCCCGCUCCAAAACCUUCAUGCCCGAUGAGCUUUGCAUGCGCGUCGUUGCCGAGUCACGGCAAGCUCUUCGUCAUGGGUGGCAUGCGCUCCGACACGCAGACCCCCAUGGACUCCACCUUCGUCUACCGCACAUCCACCAACCAGUGGUCCCGACUAUCCCCCAUGAAGACCGCCCGAUCCUACUUCACCGCCGCCGAGAUCAACGGCAAGAUUGUGGCCGUCGGGGGGGCGGAGCCCCCCACGAUGAAUUCAAUCAGAGAAGUGGAAAUCUACGAUCCGGAACGAGACGCGUGGGAGUCGCGUGCUAAGACGGAGACGAACAUGGGGAGGUACGACUCGGCGGUAAUGGCAGGGAAGCUGUACGUGACGGAAGGGUGGACGUGGCCUUUCAUGUUCCCGCCGAGAGGGGCGGCGUACGACGGAGAGAGGGACGCCUGGGAGGGGAUGAGGCAGGGGAUGAGGGAGGGGUGGACGGGGGUGAGCGCGGUGGUGGGAGGGAGGCUGAUAACGAUAUCGGAGUACGGGGACGGUCCGGUAAAGGUGUACGACGAGGAAAGGGACAAGUGGGAACACGUGAGAGGGGAGAGGUUCCCGAGGGAGAAGCUGGAGAGACCGUUGACGGUGAGGGGGGAGCAAGGGAGAAUCUUCGUGGUGGCGUCGAGGCUGAAUGUGGGGAUCGGGAGGGUGGAGGUUGAACACGACAGGGAGAAAGGGAAGGAGACAGUGAAGGUGAAAUGGGAGGUGGUGGAGGCACCAGAAGCUUUUGCAGAGUUAACGCCUUCUCACUGUCAAGUGCUCUACGCCUGAAUUAGCCGAGCCAGCACCAUACCUGAAAUACAGUGAUCUGGUGUUGUAAUGUGUGGGAAUAUUGUGUCUCCACGUAGUUCGGCUCUCGUUUAGAACAGGCACUUGGUUUUUUUCCCGUGCUCUGUCCUUUGCUACGCUCAACUUCAACCAAUCCACCACGUCGCUCUGUUUACCUCCUUU